AACAAUAAUAGUAGGAAGAAGAAGAAAAAAAGGAACGCCUACAAAUCAGAUCAUCAAAAAUUUGAAAACAAUAAAAUGCUGUCCCAAUACAUGGAAGAGUUCGAGCAGGAGCCGUUUGAAGUUGGUGAGUUCAUAGAACGCCUCACCUGGCGCACGAAUAACGAGCUGCAGAACAGCGAGGACUUCCAUCCUGUGGCCCUACACGACACCUUCAUCCAGACUAUCAAGGAUCUAAAGAUUCUUCAGGAGAAGCAGCAGAGCAGGUGCGAACGGCUUGAGGAGUCGCUGCGCCAGGAGAAGGAGUCUCACGCCAAAAAGAUCGCCAAGCUACAGGAACGUCACCAAACGGCAAUAGAUGUGUUCGGCCAGCUCGACGAGAAAAUAAACUCGGUGGCCGGGAAGAUCAUGCACCUGGGCGAACAACUAGAGAACGUGAACACUCCGCGCAGUCGCUCCGUGGAGGCGCAAAAGUUGCUCAAUUUUAUGUCAGAAUUUCUUGCCGCCGGUCCUGUGAUUGUCAACGAUAUUUUUGCGGAUGCUGCUCGAUUAAGUGAAGCCGCUGAUGUUAUCCAAAAGCUCUACGCCAUCUCUCAAGAUCUUCCGCCAGGAAACUUUGCCGAGUCCAAGAGGAAAAUUGAAAAGAAAUAUGACGAAGUCGAACGACGACUGAUUGAGGAGUUUGCCACAGCCCAGAAAAGCGAGGACAUUGAACGUAUGAAGACCCUCGCUCAAAUCCUUUCUCAGUUCAAAGGCUACACUCAGUGUGUAGACGCGUAUAUCGAACAGAGCCAGAUGCAGCCGUAUAGCGGCAAAGAUAUUUUUAUAGGCAUUGUGCCGCUGUGUAAGCACCACUACGAGAUCAUCCAGAAAGUUUUUGCAAAUCCCCAGCAGGUCAUGUCAAAGUUCAUACUGAACAUUUACCAGCUAAAGCUGCAUCAAUAUGCUAUGACAAAGCUGGAAGACAAGAAGGACGAGGAGAAAUACUUGCGGACACUAUACGAAUUAUACUCACGUACAUUAAAGUUGUCCACUGAUCUGCAAAUCUACAUGUCCACCAUAGACGACGACUUGUUGCAAAAGCUGACUCAGCAGAUCUUUAUUAAGCAUUUGGCUGGAUAUACAGAAAUGGAAACUAAGUGUCUUACAGCGAAAUGCUCCACUGAGCUAGAGAAGUUCUAUGCUAGCAAAAAACACCAAAAGACUGCGACCACUAAAGGUUUUCGACGCAACAUGGAAGUUUUGAUAGCUACUCGGGCAAACAUUAAUAUUGCCGCUAUCGAAGAUUAUGGUGGGGAAACGUUUCUAUCCGAAGAGCUUGCAAUUAACAUGCUGCAGGAGGCUAAGGCUUCGCUUAAGCGCUGUCGUCUGCUUUCCAACGAGACUGACCUACCAGGCAAUGCCAUCAAACUUAACGAUAUCCUGCUGCGAUUCCUGAUGCACGAACAUGUGGACUAUGCAUUGGAAUUAGGUCUGCAAGCGGUACCGCUAUCCGAGGGAAGAGUAUUUCCCCAACUGUACUUUUUCGAUGUGGUGCAAAAGACGAACAUCAUUGUCCAUCUGCUGGACAAACUGUGCCACACAUCUGUCAUACCAUGUGUGAAUAAUACACCUAAGUAUUCAGAUUAUGUGUUCAAGAAGCGUAUACUAAUGGAGCAGAUCGAGACCAAGCUGGACCAGGGACUGGACCGCUCGAUAAGUGCUGUUAUUGGCUGGGUCAAGGUAUAUUUGCAGUAUGAACAAAAGAAAACCGACUAUAAGCCGGAGACUGAUGUAGAUACCAUAUCCUCAGCGGCUUGCCUGCAAGUCGUGCAAAAUCUGCAACCUGUGAUUGUGCAGAUUAAGAAGUGUGUUGAUGGAGAGAAUCUGCAGAAUGUUCUGACGGAAUUGGGAACUCGGUUGCAUCGGGUGAUUUACGAUCAUCUACAAACUAUGCAGUUCAACACGGCAGGAGCGAUGUGCGCUAUCUGUGAUGUGAACGAGUAUCGCAAGUGCAUUCGCGAACUGGAUAGUCCUCUGGUGACGCAGCUCUUUGAUAUUCUCCAUGCAUUGUGCAAUUUAUUACUUGUUAAGCCACAAAACCUCCAAGAGGUUUGCACGGGCGACACUCUGAAUUACCUUGACAAGUCGGUGGUUCGGCAAUUCAUACAGCUGCGCACUGACUUCAGGAUCAUUAAAAAUACCAAUUACCUGAAGGGUAUUAUUGAGUGAGGAGUUCAGCUGCCCAAAUGAGUCACAUUCCGAAAUUUUCCACCUCGCACGGUGUUGUCUGCGGAUUAAAUUGAUAUAUUGAAGGGGGCAUUAUCUAAUAUUUAAUUACGAUUCGCUAUGUUCUUUAACUUUCAAUUAAAGUCAAGUGGCUGGUUACUUUUAUCUA